AUGGUGGUGUUGGCGGCGGCGUCGUCGUCGUGGUCGGGCCCGGUGGGCUUGCAGGAGCUGCUGGUGCUGGGCGGCAAGGGCGGCGGCGAGGGGAAGGAGGAGGAGGAGGAGGUGUGCGUGGUGGGCGUCUUCGGCAAGAGCGCCCUGCAGCUCAGCUCCGAGAAGGCGGCGCUGGUGAACACCGUCUGCGACAGGCAGAUCUUCCCGCUCUUCCAGGGCCAGGCCAGAGCGCCCCCUGAAGGCGGGGCAGAGCACAAAGAGGAGACUUCUUCCUCCUCUUCCUCCUCCUCCUCCUCCUCUUCCUCCUUCUCUGCUUCCUCUUCCUCCUCCUCCUCCUCGCAGGGCGACUACAACCUCCUCCAGGCCUACUACAGCCAGGACUGCAAGGUGCUCUACCUGGUGCUGACUUCCAUCUGCGACAGCCACCAGCUCCUCCAAGCCUGCAAGGAUCUGGAGGGCCGGGCGCCCGGGGCCGGGCUGGGUGCCCACCCGCCCCACGCCGAGGCCCACGAGUUCUGGAAGCACCAGGAGAAGCUGCACUGCCUCAGCCUGCUCUACCUCUUCUCCGUCUGCCACAUCCUGCUCAUGGUGCACCCCACUUGCUCCUUCGACAUCACCUACGACCGCGUCUUCCGCGCCCUGGACGGCCUGCGACAGAAGGUGCUGCCCUCCCUCAAGGCCGCCAUCAAGGACUGCCCCGUCGGGAAGGACUGGAAGCUCAACUGCCGGCCCUGCCCGCCACGCCUCCUCUUCCUCUUCCAGCUCAACGGGGCCCUCAAGGUGGAGCCGCCGCCGGGCCGAGGGCAGGAGAUGUGCAGCCACCCGGAGAAGCCCCCGCCAAAGAAGCACUCCCCCAAGCGCCGUCUCCAGCACGCCUUGGAGGACCAGAUCUAUCGUAUCUUCCGCAAGAGCCGGGUGCUGACCAACCAGAGUAUCAACUGCCUCUUCACCGUCCCAGCCAACCAAGCUUUUGUCUAUAUUGUUGCCGGAGGAGCCCAAGAAGGGGACGACCCCAUUGCGGUGUUGCUGGACCAGCUGAGGAGCAACUGCACCACCCGGGAGAGCGAAUCCUCCUCCCUGCUCGCCGGGCCGAGGAGGUACCACAUGAUGAGGCACGGGAGGCAGCAGUUGUCCUUCCACGUCGAGAGCAGCAGCAGCAACAGCUCCUCCGGACAGCUGGUGGACUGCACCUUGAAAGAAUUUCUCUUCCAACACGUGGAACUGGUCCUUGGCAAGAAAGGCUUCGAUGACAGCGUGGGGAGGAAUCCCCAGCCAUCCCACUUUGAGCUGCCGACCUACCAGAAGUGGGUGGCCACGGCACUGAAGUUGUACGAAGUGGCCAUCGAAGGCAAGGACAGUGGCGACGCUUCUUCUCUCACUGGGGAGCUGACAUCCAAGAUCAUGGGGAGCAUCAAAGUCUUGGAAGGCUACCUCGACAUUGACACCAAGUUCUCCGAGAACCGGUGCCAGAAGGCUCUCCCGAUGGCUCACAGCGCCUACCAAUCCAACCUGCCUCACAACUAUACCAUGACGGUCCACAAGAACCAGCUGGCACAGGCCUUGCGGGUGUACAGCCAACACGCCCGGGGUCCAGCUUUUCACAAGUAUGCCCUCCAACUACAUGAAGAUUGCUACAAGUUUUGGAGCAACGGGCACCAGCUGUGUGAAGAAAGGAGCCUAACGGAUCAGCACUGUGUACAUAAGUUUCACUUGUUGCCCAAAUCGGGAGAAAAACCUGAGCCUGAUAGAAACCCUCCAGUGUUGUAUCACAACAGCCGGGCUCGCUCCACUGGCGCCUGCAACUGUGGGAGGAAGCAAGCACCCCGGGAUGACCCUUUUGACAUCAAAGCAGCAAAUUAUGAUUUCUACCAGCUCUUAGAAGAGAAAUGCUGUGGGAAACUGGACCACGUCAACUUUCCCAUCUUUCAGCCAAGCACACCGGAUCCAGCGCCAGCCAAAAAUGAGGUGUCUCCCAGCCCUCCUGAAGGGGAAGCUGAGAAACUAAAGGAAAAGGAGCCACAGACUCAGGGGGAAAGCACCAGUCUGAGCUUAGCUCUCAGUUUGGGCCAGUCCACAGAUAGUUUGGGGACCUAUCCUGCAGACCCACAAGGAGGAGGGAACAAUACAGAGGCUCAUGGGCAAGCAGCAGACUCUAAAGGGGAGAAGAGACCGAGCUUGGUAGACCGCCAGGCCUCGACUGUCGAGUAUCUGCCUGGGAUGCUUCACUCCAAUUGCCCCAAGGGCCUUCUGCCCAAGUUUUCCAGUUGGUCCCUGGUGAAGCUUGGUCCGGCCAAGGCAUACAACUUUCACUCCGGCUUAGACCAACAAGGCUUCAUUCUAGGAACAAACUACUUAAUGCCUUGGGACAUUGUCAUCCGGACACGGACUGAAGAGGAAGGGGACCUGGAUACGAAUUCCUGGCCGGCUCCCAACAAGGCUGUCCCAGGAAAAAGGAGCUCGGUUGUCAUGGGACGAGGGAGGCGGCGGGACGACGUGGCUCGGGCCUUUGUGGGCUUUGAGUAUGAAGACGCCCGCGGCCGGAGGUUCAUGUGUUCGGGACCCGAGAAGAUCAUGAAGGUGAUGGGAGGAGGGCCAAAGGAAUCGGCCCUCAAAGCCCUCAAUUCCGACAUGCCCCUGUAUAUCCUGUCGUCGAAUCCUGGACGAGGGCUGAAGCCGCACUAUGCUCAGCUGAUGAGGCUCUUUGUGGUUGUUCCUGAUGCUCCACUCCAGAUCACACUUACGCCACAGGUCCAACCAGGGCCACCUCCUUGUCCUGUUUUCUAUCCCGAGAAACAAGAAAUAACUCUUCCGCCUGAUGGACUCUGGGUCCUCCGAUUCCCUUAUGCUUACGUGACUGAACGUGGGCCUUGCUUCCCUCCAAAAGAAAACCAGCAGCUGAUGAGUUACAAAGUCAUACGAGGAAUACUCAAGGCCGUCAUACAAUAGGACUUACUGCUCUUCACCGCUUGAAUUAGCAUGGAAAUAGUUUAUUUUCUCCUCUCUCCUCCUCCCCUCCCCUCAAUCUGAAUGAUGGGUUUUGAUUAAUCAUCACAGCUGGGAUUUCAACAGCAAUCACUGUUUUGAAUUUUUUUUUUUUACAUUCAAUGCUCUUUAAGAACUUUUUGUUACUUACCGAAGCGUUGUAUGUGUGCCAAGUACCUAUCCAAGAGGCCGGAAUUGUGGGCAUAUUCUGUAGAGAUGUCAAUGAAGUUCUGACGUGCAAAGAUUUGUGGACUGAAAUGAAGAAAAGAGAAAUAAAAAUGUGCGUUUCUCUGUUAAAAACAUGA